AUGCUCCGGCGGGCUUUCUUCUGCAGCCAUGUCGUCAGCGUUUCUGGGGUGCUGUAUAACUGCCUCGUGGACUUCGAUUGCUUUGAAAGCCCGGACGAAGAGGAGCUUUGCGCCAAGUCACUUGCACCCUCCGAUUGCUGCAGAGCUGCGCUGCUGGUGAAGCAAGUGCGGCGACUGGGCGAGUCUUGGAAGACCGGGCGCGAGCCGGGAGCGAACGAGACCUGUUCCGAUUUGUCAGUUUCGCGGCGGUAUCCCCUGGAGUAUGACAGCUACGUCGUUUGGGACUACGUCUUUCGGUACGUCUUCGACAAGUUCACCGUCUAUCAGAGGAGACAGAACCGCCGCUUGAAGGAGCUGCUGGCUCAUACACGGAAGUGCCGAAGCCUCGGAGUCGAGUCGCCCCUGUACAAUCCCUUUGAGCCUGACCGCUGUCUGGAAGAGCAUCCGGUGAUGAGGAGUUGGGUGCAGUUCAGGGACACCUGGAACUUCACCCACAGCCAGCACCUCACCGCUGCCCGUGUAGACUGGCUGGGGAUCACCGUGGACUGUGCGGAUGGGACUCUUGAGAGCCUCCAAUUCUCCUUCACGCGUUUUCUGGAGUGCCUGGGUAUUCCAUGGGGUCCUCUACCAGGAGAGGAUUACUUUGAGACGAUCACACUCUUGCAGAGUGUUGCGGAGAGUGGAGACUCCUUUGUGGCUGUUGAAGCGGGCUCGGGCCGAGGCUACUGGGCCGUGAAGGCUGCCAAGGCGUACAAGAGGCAGCAUCCGAGUGGCGCCUGCAGCAUCGUACUGAUCGAGUCGGAGGAGGAUAUGAAGCUGGCAGCUGCACAUCUUACGGACAACGGCGUGUUUUCCAUCUGCAACGCUACACUGUAUGCAUCUUAUGCUACACCCUCGUUGCUGGAUUCGGUGAUCCGGGGCCAUGGCAGAGUAGAUCUCCUCCAUGUCGACAUACAGCGCGCCGAGCUGCCGCUGUUCCAAGGAAGCCAACUCCUCCGGAGCGUGCGGCGCGUACAUGUGGGGACGCACUCCAGGCUCAUUCACCGGCACCUUCGCGUCUGGCUCCAACUCCUUGGCUUCCAACUCGACUUCGACCUGUCGCCCCUGAGCUUCGUGCGCUCCGCCUUCGGCCCCAUUCCCACGAACGACGGGCUCCUAGCAGCCCACCGACAUGGCGAAAGAGAGUCGGAGGUUUAG